AUGUAUUAGUGAAAUAAUUACUAUUAUUUAAUACGUCGGGUCCGGUGCGAUAGAAAAAAAAAACCAAGCCUAGCUUUGACUCCAAAUUCCGAUUGCUCUGCAAUCAAGGUUUCUGGAUUACAAGUUUUGCAUAUUGUGGUAUUUUUCUAAGUGAAAACAAAACAGAAGUAUAAUAUAAUAUAUCUUAUCUUGUACUACUUCUAACCCUGCAAAGGAAAUUUCUGUAAUAAAUUGAAUACGAUGAGUGUAUUGCUUCUUAUUGUUGUUGUUCUCCUUAUACUUCUAAUCUUCGUAAGCCUUGCAAAAUUCGCCUACUCCACACUUUGGGUCCCAUUGAAAAUUCAGAGGCAGUUUAAGAAGCAAGGUGUGAGAGGCCCAGGCUACCGUGUUUUGUUUGGGAACACAGCCCAAAUCCGGCGUCUUUACACCGAGAUUCAGUCAAAGUCAACUCUGACCGACAACGAUGUGCUUCCAUUGGUGGCCCCUUUUUACCAUAGGUGGUCUCGCAUGUACGGGAAGACUUUCUUGUAUUGGUUUGGGCCCAAGCCCAGGUUGGCAAUUGCUGACCCCAUUCUGAUAAAGGAGGUCCUUAAGAACACCAGUGGGCAUUUUGGAAAGGUCGGGUUUAACCCCUCCAAUAAGCAGUUGUUUGGACAGGGCCUUGUUGGGCUUGAGGGAGACCAAUGGGCUUUUCAUCGAAGGAUUGCAAACCAAGCCUUUACUAUGGAUCGUGUCAAGAGUUGGGUGCCAGAUAUGGUAACAAGUAUAAUAAGAAAAGUUGAAAAGUGGGAGGAAACAAGAGGAGGAAGAGAUGAAUUUGAAAUAGAUGUGCACAAGGAAAUUCAUGAAGUUUCGGCAGACAUUAUAUCUAGAUCAGCUUUCGGAAGUAGUUUUGAAGAAGGGAAACGCAUAUUCGACUUACAAGAUAUGCAAAUGUAUCUUUUCUCUAAGGCAGUUAGAAGUAUCUAUAUUCCAGGAUUCAGGUUUUUGCCCACGAAGGACAACAGAGAGAGGUGGAGACUAGAUAAGGAGACUCGUGAUUCAGUGAAGAGGCUAAUAAUGACAAAUAGCAAGACAAGUGAAAAUUCAAGGAACUUACUUACUCUUCUAAUGUCUUCACAUAAAAAUCAUGAUGGCAAGGAAAAGAAACUAGGAGUAGAAGAAAUCGUAGACGAGUGCAAGACUUUCUAUUUUGCAGGAAAGGAAACCACUGCCAAUCUCUUGACUUGGGCUCUCCUUCUCUUAGCUCAGCACCAGGAAUGGCAGAACAAGGCCAGGGAAGAAGUAGUUAGAGUUUGCGGAUUCAAUGGACUUCCACUUGCAGAUAAUUUAAGUGAUCUUAAACUUCUGACAAUGAUAAUCAACGAAACACUUCGACUCUAUGCUCCUGCUGCAAUGAUGAUGAGGAAGACAUUGAAGAAAGUUAAGCUUGGAAGUCUAGACAUUCCUGCUAACACACAGUUGUAUUUGGCAUUGACUGCGGUUCAUCACGAACCUGAGAUAUGGGGGGAAGAUGCUAAUGAGUUCAAUCCAUCGAGGUUUUCUGAGCCUCGGAAACAUGUAGCUUCAUUCUGUCCAUUUGGCCUCGGUCCUAGAAUUUGUGCCGGCCAAAAUCUAGCAAUGGUUGAGGCCAAAAUAAUCUUGGCCAUCCUCAUACAGCGUUACUAUCUCAUGGUGUCACCAACCUACGUCCAUUCUCCUAUGUUGUUUAUAACGGUGCAACCUAAAUACGGUGCUCAAAUCCUUCUGAGGCCGAUUUCAACAUGAAGGGUUAAACCGGAAAGACCUACAAAAGAAGAUAUGAAGUCCAUUCCACUCUUUUCUAAACUUGUACUUUUGCAAUCCUUGUAUCCUUGUCAUUUAUUUUGGUUUAUUAAUAAGGUUUGAGUAGUGUUGUUUCUUAUAUGUGUAAUAAAUAAUUAUUUGAAUCUUAUUUUUAGUAUUGUAAAUUA